AACUUGUUGAACACUCCUCAGGGUUUUAGCCGUUACAAUAUGCGUCUUCAUCGUCUUCUUCAGUUGCACUGAUGACAUCACCAUGACAAUGGACUCCAACGCUACUUCUUCCAUUGUUCGUCUCAAUAUAGGUGGAUAUGAAUUUCUCACUAGUGUUGAUACCCUAACUAAUAGGGAGCCUCAGUCGAUGCUUGCUGCCAUGUUCAGUGGUCGCCACACUGUUUACAAGGACCCUGAGAAGGGGUAUGUGUUUGUUGACAGGGAUGGGAUGCACUUUCGGCAUAUUUUAAAUUGGUUGAGGGACGGUUUGACUCCCAACUUGUCCGAUGUAGAGUGUUCAGAGCUUUUACGGGAAGCAGAAUACUAUCAGCUUCUUGGAUUGGUGGAGGUCUUGAAUAAGAAGAAAGAUGAACAAAUGGAUGCUGAGUUAACACGCGCUGAUAUUAUCAAAUAUAAUAUUCAAUAUUCCAGAUCCGGACAAGUCAAUUUAAGAGGAGUAAAUCUCUCUGGGCUUGAUCUUUCAAAACUGGACUUGUCGCAAUUUUACUUUGGCUCUGCAUGCCUCAAAAAGGCUAUCCUUUCAGGUGCUAAUCUUGACAGGGUUAGUCUUAUGGGUGCAAACUUACAAGAUGCUAGCUUGAUAAGUUGUUAUAUGUCCGGGGCAGACCUGCGAUCUGCACAUCUCCAGAGAGCUGAUCUCGCAGGUGUAAAUUUGGAGGGAGCCAAUCUAGAAGAAGCCAACUUAAAGGGUGCCAAUUUGAAGGGUGCAAAAUUGAAGGGUGCAAAUCUUCAACGUGCUGAUCUUCGUGAUGUGAGACAUUUGGAAGACGCGGAUCUGGAUGGGGCUAAAUUACUUGGGGCGAUUAGAUGACACUAUAAACUGAUUUAAGACAAGAUUAGCAGCAUUCUCUUCUUAAUUUUUUUUUGUUCUACCUAUUAGUCUUUUUGUUACUCUAUUGUUCUGUGCAUCGUUUGAUUCAUGGUAAUUUGUGGUUUAAAA